UUGUUACUUUUCAGUCCCUAUUUGGAACUGCUCUCGCGGCAGUUCAGACCUCGUGCUCGUCCCCCAGUCUGUCUGUGUGUGGUAUCCGCAGGUCCGAGGCACUUUUUUUGGUUGUGUGUGUGCGCGCUGGGUGUGUGUGCUGGGGUUUGUCGCGGCGCGGAGAGGAGAGCCGGACGAGGGGAGGAAGGAAGCCGCAGAGCUCCGGGUCUGGCUGCGUCUCCCCGCCGGCGCUCUCCGGCCCGCGAGCUCCGAGGCGGCCGCGGCGGUGGCGCUGAGCGCUCCUCGCUGGGGACGCGGCACUCGAGCUGGGAGCAGCGAGGACCCUUUGCGGAGGCUGCCGGUGCCCGCUGGAGUAGGAUGCCAGGGCGGCUGAUUUGCACGCACUGAGCCCGGAGUCCCUCCCGGCCCUGGGAAGGGCUUGCGGCGGCGGCGGCGGCGGCGGCAGCGGUAGCAGACGAAACAGCGGCUCUGGUCUCCGAGGGGGGGCGUCGAGGCGCCCGCGCCGGGCUCCCGCCCUCGCCCUCCGGCGCUCCUGCGGCCCCAGCCGCCACCUCGUUGCCUGCCUCCUUCCUCUUCUCGCCGCGAGCCCGGGCCCAGCCGUCUCUAGGACCCGACCCGCGCCCCGGAUGCUGGGGGCUGCCCCCGCGCAGCCCCCUCCCGGCGCAACGCGCUGAGUGACCCGGAGGGGCCCCGGCCUUGGGACUCCGCGCCGGGCCCGCCAGGGAGCCGACGAUGUCCGCGCAGCCCCGGGCUCUGACGCUGUCGACGCAGCCCGGGGAGGGCGACCGGCCGCAGCCCGCCGAGCCCUAGGCGCACAAAGCCCGCGCCCGCCGCCCGGCUCGGCGCCCGCCGACGACUUUGCCGCCCGCUCCGCGGCUCUUUGUCUGCACUUGGGGCGGGCGCCCGACUCUGGGAUUUCGCUGCGAGAACGGGCUGGGGGGGCCGGGGGCGAGCUCUCGGUUUCCCGGCCGCCCCCCGCUCGGGCUCGGCUCCCCCCUCCCCCGCACCCUCUCGGCCCGGGCUCUCGGCGCUUCCACGCUCUCGGAAUCACGACCCCUCCCUGCCAUGUAUCCGCAAGGCAGACAUCCGGCUCCCCAUCAACCCGGGCAGCCGGGAUUUAAAUUCACGGUGGCUGAGUCUUGUGACAGGAUCAAAGACGAAUUCCAGUUCCUGCAAGCUCAGUAUCACAGCCUCAAAGUGGAGUACGACAAGCUGGCGAACGAGAAGACGGAGAUGCAGCGCCAUUAUGUGAUGUACUAUGAGAUGUCCUAUGGCUUGAACAUUGAAAUGCACAAGCAGACAGAGAUUGCGAAGAGACUGAACACAAUUUUAGCACAGAUCAUGCCUUUCCUGUCACAAGAGCACCAGCAGCAGGUGGCACAGGCGGUGGAACGUGCCAAGCAGGUCACCAUGACGGAGCUGAACGCCAUCAUCGGGGUACGUGGACUCCCCAGUCUGCCUCUCACCCAGCAGCAGCUCCAGGCGCAGCACCUCUCCCACGCCACGCACGGCCCCCCCGUCCAGUUGCCACCCCACCCAUCGGGCCUCCAGCCUCCAGGGAUCCCCCCGGUGACGGGCAGCAGCUCCGGGCUGCUAGCGCUGGGCGCCCUGGGCAGCCAGGCCCACCUGGCAGUGAAGGACGAGAAGAACCACCAUGAACUCGACCACAGAGAGAGAGAAUCCAGUGCGAAUAACUCCGUGUCGCCCUCGGAAAGCCUCCGGGCCAGCGAGAAGCACCGGGGCUCCGCGGACUACAGCAUGGAAGCCAAGAAGCGGAAAGCGGAGGAGAAGGACAGCCUGAGCCGAUAUGACAGUGACGGGGACAAGAGUGACGAUCUGGUGGUGGAUGUUUCCAACGAGGACCCAGCAACGCCCCGGGUCAGCCCUGCACACUCCCCUCCUGAGAAUGGGCUGGACAAGGCCCGUGGCCUGAAAAAGGAUGCCCCUACCAGCCCCGCCUCAGUGGCCUCCUCCAGCAGCACACCUUCCUCCAAGACCAAAGACCUUGGUCACAACGACAAAUCCUCCACCCCUGGGCUCAAGUCCAACACACCUACUCCGAGAAACGAUGCCCCAACUCCAGGCACCAGCACGACCCCAGGGCUCCGGUCCAUGCCGGGCAAACCUCCGGGCAUGGACCCGAUAGGUAUAAUGGCCUCCGCCCUGCGCACGCCCAUCUCCAUCACCAGCUCCUACGCGGCGCCCUUCGCCAUGAUGGGCCACCACGAGAUGAACGGCUCCCUCACCAGCCCCAGCGCCUACGCAGGCCUGCACAACAUCCCGCCCCAGAUGAGCGCCGCCGCUGCCGCCGCCGCCGCCGCCUACGGCCGAUCGCCAAUGGUGAGCUUUGGAGCUGUUGGUUUUGACCCUCAUCCCCCAAUGCGGGCCACGGGCCUUCCCUCAAGCCUGGCCUCCAUUCCUGGAGGAAAACCAGCGUACUCUUUCCACGUGAGCGCUGAUGGGCAGAUGCAGCCCGUGCCCUUCCCCCACGAUGCUCUGGCAGGCCCCGGCAUCCCGAGGCACGCCCGGCAAAUCAACACGCUCAGCCACGGGGAGGUGGUGUGUGCCGUGACCAUCAGCAACCCCACGCGGCACGUCUACACAGGUGGCAAGGGCUGCGUAAAGAUCUGGGACAUCAGCCAGCCAGGCAGCAAGAGCCCCAUCUCCCAGCUGGACUGCCUGAACAGGGACAACUACAUCCGCUCCUGCAAGCUGCUCCCCGACGGGCGCACGCUCAUUGUGGGCGGCGAGGCCAGCACGCUCACCAUCUGGGACCUGGCCUCGCCCACGCCCCGCAUCAAGGCUGAGCUGACGUCCUCAGCGCCCGCCUGUUACGCCCUGGCCAUCAGUCCCGAUGCCAAAGUCUGCUUCUCCUGCUGCAGUGAUGGGAACAUUGCCGUCUGGGACCUGCACAACCAGACCCUGGUCAGGCAGUUCCAGGGCCACACAGACGGGGCCAGCUGCAUAGACAUCUCCCACGAUGGCACCAAACUGUGGACCGGGGGCCUGGACAACACGGUUCGCUCCUGGGACCUGCGGGAGGGCCGGCAGCUGCAGCAGCAUGACUUCACCUCCCAGAUCUUCUCCCUGGGCUACUGCCCCACCGGCGAGUGGCUGGCCGUGGGCAUGGAGAGCAGCAACGUGGAGGUGCUGCACCACACCAAGCCCGACAAGUACCAGCUGCACCUGCACGAGAGCUGCGUGCUGUCCCUCAAGUUUGCCUACUGCGGCAAGUGGUUCGUGAGCACUGGGAAAGACAACCUCCUCAACGCCUGGAGGACGCCUUACGGAGCCAGCAUAUUCCAGUCUAAAGAAUCCUCGUCCGUCUUGAGUUGUGACAUUUCGGCAGAUGACAAAUAUAUUGUAACAGGCUCUGGUGACAAGAAGGCCACAGUUUAUGAGGUCAUCUACUAAACAAGGACUCCAGCAGGAUUGUCAAACUCUGGGAGAAACCGACUCUGCUCUGACAGGGAGACCCCAGGCGAGGGCCCCCCGAGGACGGCGGAGGAGGGGCCGCGAGCAGCCGAGCGUCCGGGCUGCGCUCCGGGCUGAGGGGGUCGUGCCCCGGCCUGGUCUGGACUCUGGGCACAGACUGACGUGUGUCUGCAGACUGGGAUGGAUCUUCCUCCCCCCCUCCCCCUCCACAAUGCUGGCACAUGCUACAAAUAGAUUUAUUUGGAGGCUUAUGGCUCCGGCUCCCCACA